AUGCAAUUAAAUCAAAAAAAUACAAACGAUGAACCAAAUUGGAUAAAAAUAGAUGGUUAUAAAGCAAAUUCUGCUAAAUUUGAAGGUAAUCCAGGACCUGAUCCAAGUUUUCUAGUUAAUAGCAGUCCUCUUACUAUAUUUGAAGCAUUUGUAACAGACGACCUUGUUGAUCUUAUUGUCGAGCAAAGUAACCUUUUCGCAGUACAAUAUCUAAAAAAUAAUGUAAUUAAAGGUAGAUCUCGAGUUCAAAAAUGGACACCUUUAGUCAGAGCUGACAUCAGACUCUAUAUAGCAUUCAUUUUAUAUCGUGGAAUCCUAUGGAAACCAACAAAUGCAAUGUAUUUUUCAACAAAUCCUCUGUUUGACACACCUUUAAUAAGAAAAGUGUUAUCUUUUGAUAAGUUUUGUCUUAUUGAGAAGUUUCUUCAUUUUGUUGAUAACAGUAGUUUACCAAUACAUUCCUGUAAAAAAGCAAAAAUUGAACCCAUCUACGACUACCUAGUAAACAAAUUCAAAACUCUGUACAUACCAAAUAAAAAUAUAUCGAUCGACGAAUCGUUGCUGCUUUGGAAAGGUCACCUAAGCUGGAAGCAAUACAUUCCAAGCAAACGUUCCAGAUUUGGAAUGAAGUCUUUUGCAUUAUGUGAAUCAGCUACUGGGUAUAUUUGGAAUUGUUUCUUGUACACUGGUAAGGAAAUGACUGACGGUUUUGCUCUUGACAUGCACAAAUACAAGUAUCAAGCUACUAAAAUUGUUAUUACGCUAAUGGAUAAUUUAAUUGGUAAUGGCUAUUGUUUACAUGUUGACAACUGGUAUACAUCUUAUGAAAUUUGCAAGGUAUUACUGGAUCAUAAUACUGAUUGCAUUGGCACAUUACGUAUUAACCGAAAACAGUUACCACAAGAUAUAAAAAAUGCUAAGAUUAAAACUGGCGAUACUUUAGUUCGUUUUGAUACUAAAACAAAUAUAAUGUGUACCAAAUGA